GGCUUCUCGAAGGCCAUGAGUGGGUUUGUCAAACUGGGUCUGAUCAACAGCGAGCCCUGUCCCAUCCUGAAGCCAACUUCCUCUCCUGUUUCCUGGAAAGCUCUCCUCUGUAAGCAGAUGGGAUUGUCCUCUUCUAUUUCCCAUGAUGCCUUUGAAGAAGCCGUAUUCGAACACAUCGGAAAGGACGACUUUGUGAUGGACACCCUGAGAUGGUUCGGGAUGCUGAGCGAGGAGUCGGUGGUUCACGCAGACAGCGUUCUGGCCGCUCUGGCAAAACACCUGGAAGCCAAAUUAUCAUUCGAUAAGUCUGAGCGAGACAUGAUCAUCAUGAGGAACGACGUUGGGCUCCGCCAUCCGACCGGCGAGCUGGAGACCAAACACAUUAGCCUGGCGGUGUACGGAGACCCCAGCGGCUUCUCCGCCAUGGCCAAGACCGUAGGAUACCCAGCAGCCAUUGCAGCCCGCAUGGUCCUUGAUGGUGAAAUCAUGACAAAGGGACUCGUGGUUCCGAUGACGAAGGAUAUCUACGGGCCGGCGCUGGCCUGCCUGAAGGAGGAAGGACUUCACUUCAUGUCCAAGAGCACCCUGCAGGAGUAAAAGCCGAACCUCCAGAAAGAGCAGAUCAGUAAUCACUAUAAAUAAUACUCAAAAAAACCAGAGAACAUUUAAAGAAUAACACAUGCAAUCAUCGGCAUAUUCACCAACUUUAUCCAAAGGUCAAAAAUAGGGAAAAAGCCAAAAAGUUCAAAUGUUGCGAUCCCCAGAAGUAAUUUUGUAUUGUGUUAAAAUUCAAUGUUAUAAUAAUUUGGCAAAGUUUUAAAACUGUUUGUAAGUUUUAGGUCAGAAGCUGUAAAUCUGCAGUUUAAUAUUAACAUUCUGAGUUUGUCUACCGUGUCAGAGAAACGUUCUUCUGUGAAGAUGUGUGAAAGCUCGCCUUUUAGACGUUAGAAAUUUAAAGCACAGUUUCUCAUUCAACUACUGUUGAAACCCGUCUUCCUGGUAAACUAUUCCUGGAGACUUAAUGGUUAAGUGUUAAAUUGUCAGUUGUUUAACCCGUCAUGCAAUCAUAAAUCUGCAAAGUUUUUAUUGGAACACGAAUGUAAGUGAACCUCUCUGAGUUCUAACAGUCUUUUAUUUUCUCUCCAUCACCUCAAACAGCAUCUAAUAUCUGCAUUAAUUAAAAACCCAAUACAAACCCAGCUCAAUACUCUACCGACCUUCAAACUGUGAUAACCUUCAACAAAAAAAACAUCACCUUAGUUACAAACUCAUUUUGCAUAUUUUCUUUCAAGCAGUCAUGGAAAUAAACCAGUCCAACAUCAAAUCCAUAGAAUACCGUUCACGGCUCCCAUUCACAGGUCAUUAAUGCAUGAAAUAUAGUGAGUGAAAACUAAUGAAGCUAAGAGCCGUUAGGAAUGAUUAUUUUCAGCUUGUUUGAACAGGAUCAUGAGUUAAUCGUUUCAUUUUGUUGGUCAGAAUUUGCAACGUGUGCAAUAUGAUCAACUCACAGUCUCAAUAUCUGCAAUAUAUCUAAUAAUAAUAAAACAAUAUCUUUUAUGCACUUUAAAUAAACAAAUCAUCGGGCAACAGUUCAAAAGUAUGAAAUCAGUACCUAAUGAUCACCACUUAUUAGAUUUUGUUCAGCAUUUCUGGCUCGUUAUCCAGAAAUAAUGAUUUAAUUAAGCAGUACUAUAAUUCAAAAAAUACCGACGACCCCAUGUGGAGGAUUCAAAAAUGUCUGAUUCCAAACCACAUAAUGAUUGUAUCAAAAACUACACUUUGGUAAAGAGAGCACCUGCUUUUACCUGGUUUGACCAUUGUAUUCUUCACGAAAACUUUUGCCAUCUGAAUGAUUUCAAAUGUAAUAUAAUCCCAUAAAAGUUACAAAGUUCAGUUUUAUCGUAUUUAAAAUGAAGAAAAAGUUAGUGAAGCUAACGUUAGUUUGUCUUGUCAGUCUGUGAAGCUAAUGUUAGCUUCACAGACUUACAAUAAAAACUAACAUUAGUUUGUCUUAUCAAGCUAACGUUAGUUUGUGUUGUCAGUCUGUGCAGCUAACGUUAGUUUAUCCGUCCGUCUUUGAAGCUAACGUUAGUUUAUCCGUCAGUCUUUGAAGCUAACGUUAGUUUAUCCGUCAGUCUUUGAAGCUAACGUUAGUUUAUCCGUCAGUCUUUGAAGCUAACGUUAGUUUAUCCGUCAGUCUUUGAAGCUAACGUUAGUUUAUCCGUCAGUCUUUGAAGCUAACGUUAGUUUAUCCGUCAGUCUUUGAAGCUAGUGUUAUUUUGUCCCUCAGUCUGUGAGGCUAACGGUUAUUGUUAGCUCACGUGACAAAAGUCUGAAGCGUUCAACAUUAACGUUCGGGGUAUAACAGCUUUUAGUUACAUUUGUAGACCUGACAUACCUGCAGUUUGUCAGCACACCAAUUACUGUAUGCAGCUGUUAUAAUUACAUUUAAUACCACUUUAGAAUGCAAUGAUUACUUUUGAAUAUUAUAAAGUAAAGUUAAGUUUAUCUUGUGUGCAAAAUUGAUAGUUUCUUCUAUGUAAAGCUAGCCAAGUUUACUAAAAAAAUUGGGGGAAUUUCACAAGUGAGUAAACAAAUUUCAAGUGAUUACUUUCAUGUAAAAACAAGAAACUAAAUUUAAAUAAUUAAUAAUAAUAAAAAAAAUUGAAUUGAAUGCAAACUUAUCUUGUUUUACUGUCGAAAAUAGUUAAAAUGUUAGUGAGAAAAAAUAUAAAUGUGACCACCAAAAAAUGUAUUAUCUUUAGAAUACUAUUUUUUAACUCAUGAUCUUGAUUCGUUAGCUGAAACAUGAUCAGAAACAGCGGCCCUCAGAGGUAGACAUUUUUAUUUGAGUUGUUUUAAAGGGUCAAUUCUGUAUUUGUGGAACCUAAAGUUUCCCAGACUGUAAUAUUUAUUGUCUGCGCCAUGAGAAAUAUUUAUUUUAUUUUUUGUGGGGGGGGUGGGUCACCUUGUAAACGGUUUGUUACAUGCUUUAAAAAAAUACCCAGAGAGAUAUUUUAUAAGUACCUGAGAUAUAUUUUUAAAAGUAAUUUUAUGUAGUUUGUAUGUGGGCCUCCAGAAGGUUUUCAAAAGCAGCGUGUUAUUUGAUAUUUUGGAAGAUUUGUAGGUUUGAAUCUGAAAGAGAAGAGAGAACAAAAUGAACACGUUUGUGAUCUAAGUAUUGGUUUUAUUUUCUCCUGGUAAACCUGCAACGUUGUUUUGUCCUUAAUGUUUCAGCAGACAUUUAUAUCAUUCAUGAUUACAAAACACUAAUUUCUUUGUAAAAGCUUGUUUUAAUAGAACAUUUUGCUAUCUAAAAAUGUGAAAAAAAGUUACAUGAAUAAAAAUGAU